AUUAAAUGGAAUCGACCUAUAGAGUCAUAAAUGGCGACAAGGUAUUCAAACCUUGCAGAUACAAAAGAAAGCAUAAAAAAACAGACUCAGACCCAGACUUAAAAGAACAACCCUCAUCAGUACCAAACCCAACACCUCCCCAAGUCUUAGACCAAACCGCCCCUUCUAAACCCUCAGAACCACUAAAAAAAUUCAAAAACGUUCUCUCAGAGACACCCCAGACUCAGAAAUCUCUUAACUCCCUUAUCUCAGUUCCUCCUACAUCACCCAUCAAAAUUCCAAAGAUCACAGCCAAACCUCCUCCAAGACCGUUGAAGACGAUCGAAAACGCUCUUAUGUGUCUUACAAAGUCAUGCAUGAGCUCUACUCAUGUUAGCUCUACUUCCACGAUUCCUUGGCUACCUACUACAACUUCUACUUGGCCUGGCCAGCCGGCCAGGGCCACUGAGGAAGAAAAUGUAGAUCUCCAAUCCUGAUUGAAAGCUCUGGCUGAUCUUAGCACAUACGUUGACAAGGCUGUAGCCCAAGAGAAGACAGAGCCUAGUCCUAAGAAAAGAUUCAAGUUCGAAGCUAAGAAAGGGGAGGACUUAGUCGAGCAAGAGGUUUCAGCAGAUGCACUUCUGCUUAAGUCUCUCCAGACUACUGUGAAGAAUCAGACAAAGGAACUAUCCAUGCUUAAUAAGAGAGUGUAUGACUACAAGCAUCAAGGGGUUCACCUCCAGUCUAUUAUCGAGAAGCUCAGGAAGGAGAACAGUAACAUCAAGAGAGACCAUGAGCAAGCUUUGUCUAAGAAGAUCCAGGAAGAAAGACAAAAGUAUCAAAGUAUUAUAGAUGAGUGUUUCAGAAUUAUCUCACAACUAGAGUCUCAAAAGGCUCAUCCUGUAACUAAGAGUGUAGGACUUGAGUAAACUCGCUUUAGGAUUUAACUGAAAAUUGCCAUGUAAGAUUCAUAAUUCAAGUACACUU